CUUUAACCAUGUCUUUUCAAUCUGAUGUAUUGUCUCCUGAGGACCAAAAAUUUUUAUACGAAGAAGUUGCUGGUGUACCACUUCAGUUAUUUGAUGAUGAACCCACUAUUCUGCUGACGGAUUUUCCUAAAAAUGAGGACAUUCUGAAAAUUCCAAAACCUGUAACAACUGUUCUGUCAAAUGAGGAGUAUGAAGGACCUUUUAAUUUUGAAGUGGACAUAAUUCCAAAUGGGUCAAAAAAUGGCUGGUUUUUUUCUCCAACCUUAAAUAAAGUAUAUAUGGAUAUCAAGGCUCCGUUUCCAAUAGACUUUAAGGUUAAGCAGAGACCACUACAUCCAUUGUUCAUCAGGGUUACACCAAUGUACAGUUCACCUCAGUUUGCUCAAGAGUGUGUUUCUAGAUGUGUUAACCAUGAAUAUGCUGAAGCAACCACAAGUCCACAUAUAAUGGCACAUAUCAGACCACACAUUAUAAGAUGUCAAAAUCAAUCGGCUUUUUAUAUUGGAGAUAAAACCAAUAACGAACGCUUGAGCAUAAUCAUUCCACUCUCGUUUCCACAAAUGGGAACUAACAGUAUUCGAGAAAUGUUCGAAUUUACUUGCAAGAAUUCUUGUCCUGUUCCUGGCAUGAAUCGAAGAUCUAUUGAAGUCAUAUUUACUUUGGAAGAUAGUGAAUCUCAAAUAUAUGGUCGGAAGACAUUAAAUGUGAGAAUAUGCUCUUGUCCCAAACGUGAUAAAGAAAAGGAGGAAGCAGACGAUUCAGGCAAGACGCAACCGCCAAAGGGCAAAAAGAGAAAACUGGAUAAACCGGCCAAAAAAAUUGUUAGUAAUAAUCAAGAUUUGAGAGAAUUCACUAUACAGAUCCCCAUCGCUGGAAAACAUAAUAUUGGACAUGUCCUUAAAUAUUGUCAUGACCUAAUGGCUGGAGAAGUUGCACGCCAUUCUGGCAAUGGGGUGGAAACAACAGCACCAUACACUAAUGCUUUGUCUAAAAUCAGUACAAUGAUUAAGGACCUAAACGAAUAGCAUUCCAUGUUAUUUCUAUACUUUAUAUUUUUUGUAUGUCUUUUUUUUUACACAAUUACCUUUGUGUAAACUUGUUGUACUACGUAUUUUUAUGUUAUCACUUGUUUUUAUGAGCAUUUGUGUAAGUAGGUGUGUUUUAUCAGAUUGGGGUGGUUUCUCUCUUUAGUUUUUCAUUAGCUUACAGUUAUUAAAUCGUUUUGUUAAACAUAUUCUUCAGAUACAUGCCAAGGUUUAAAAAUAACUCAUAAAGUACUUUUUUAAAAAUAUAUUUUUAUAUAUAAAUUGUUAUUUUCCAACUUAAAGGAAUCGUCCUUUGAUAUAGAUUUGACUAUUUAACCACGGGUUGUUAAACUGAUUCAAACUUUAUUUAAACUAAAGAUUUGCAAGUAACAAACUAUUCAUGAAAAUACUAAUUAUGCAUUAGUAGUAUUCUCUGACGACUGCAUUGAUCUGCAGGCUAAAUUAAGUGAGGGUAGUCAGAUAUGGCGAAAAAAAUUGCCAGUAUAAGUAAUCCCUCACUUAUUGACCAAUGGCUACGAACGGAUGAUAUUUUAAGUGGUAGGGCACUCUUUUGUUCUGGGGUUGAGAAAUAUCUACUAUAUAAAAUGAACAAAAUUUUCUAACAGAUCAAAAUUAUGACAUCUAAAUUAUAAAAAUUCCAUACAUACAGAUCAUAUUAUGGUCCUAAUACCCCAGUCGUCAGAGACGAAAAUGCCACUGAACCUCUAAAAAUCAUACGAACAAGCUGAAUUUUGCAGAGAAUAUUAAUUUUGGUGCCACAAAACAAGAUACAAAAGUUUACCACUUUUACCCCUGGCUUUCCCCUAAAAGCCCCCACAUAGGGGGGUAAAAACGGGAAAAAAAAGAUUUACCAAGAAUCUG